UUUCCCCUUUCUCUCUCUCUCUCUCUCUCUCUCUCUCUCUCUCUCUCUCUCGCAUUCUCGAUAAUGGCGUCUGUGGAGAACUCGUACGAAGAGGUUCGAAGGCAGAGGGUGCAGGAGAACCUCAAGCAUCUCAAGGAUUUGGGGAUUUCGGAUAUCUCGAAGAGCAUCUUAGACUCUGCCAAAUCUGAGCACAAGCUAUUGAGAUCGCCUUCAACUACUAGAACAAAGAAGAGGAUUGAAAUCACUGAGGUGAGACGGUCUGCUAGAGCACGGAAUCAUGUAGCUUCUUACAAGGAUGAAGUGGACCUCGGAGAACUUAAAGUUCAUCGCAGAAGGUAUACGAGUAGUGGAAACAACAAGAGGGAAUAUGAUGGCAGAAUAGCUUCUUAUGAAGAAUACGUUCGAGCACUAAAGAGAGCAGAAAAACUUCAGACUGACUUAAAAUCUGGCCAACCAUCAUUUGCCAAAGCUAUGGUUCGAUCUCAUGUUUCAAGUUGUUUCUGGCUUGGUCUUCCAACCAAGUUCUGCAAAGAUCACCUCCCCCCAAAUGAGUUCAAGAUAGUAUUAGAAGAUGAGCAAGGUGUAGAGUAUGAUGCCAUCUACAUCGGCAAUAGGACUGGACUUAGCGGAGGAUGGAGAGCCUUUGCAAUAGACCAUCACUUGGAAGAUGGUGAUGUGUUAGUAUUUGAACUAAUAGAGCCAGACAGAUUCAAGAUAUACAUAAUUAAAGCGUGCGGAGAAUCAAAUCAAGCUAGUGACGAUGGCAAUAAUACCGACGCGGAUGCUAAAGACACCAAAAAAUCAAGCAAAAAGAUGAAGUCCCGUGAGAAUAGUUGUUCCUCUGCUGCUCUUGUUUCCCAGAAGAGAACUACUAGAUCUUCAACUCAAGGUGGAAAAGCAGCGAAAAAUAGCAAACGGUAGUUUAUAUUUUCUCUAGUUCGAGUGCUAACAUGUAAUUUUAACAUGGUAUUUAUCUGGUGAAAAAUUUUGUGCCUUUGUUAUGUUUUGUGUAGCCAACACUUUGUUCUACCAGUUAUAAACAAAAUUGUGCUCAAAUUUUGGAGCCAUGGCUUCUAA